AUGCGUCCCGAACUCAUUGAUACUACUGCCGCACUUGUCGCCUUCCUUGAUGGCUUGGGCAACUGUCAGGGUCAACCUCCUAGUCUCUACGUCGACCUUGAAGGAAACAACCUCUCCCGCCAUGGCACGCUAUCCUUAAUGACGAUACUGGUUCAUUCUCAGCAGAAGUUGUAUCUCAUCGAUGUAACGACCCUCAAGGACCAAGCAUUCAAUACAAGUGGAUCCAACAGCCGUACUCUCAAGACUGUCCUCGAGUCACAGGAGAUCAUCAAAGUCUUCUUCGACAUCCGCAACGACUCAGACGCCCUCUACAAUUUGUUUGGAAUCCGCGUUGCCGGGAUCGAAGAUCUGCAAUUAAUGGAGCUGGCCACACGCAACUUAUCCAAACGUUGCGUCAACGGUUUAGCCAAGUGCAUCGACGCUAUCCCGACCAUCACCUACACCGAGAAAAGUGACUGGCAGAAAGUCAAAGACAAUGGUCGAAAGCUCUUCGAUCCUGCUCGUGGCGGUAGUUACGCAGUGUUUGACCAGCGUCCCUUGUCGCAGGAAAUACUCGACUACUGCGCUCAAGACGUCGCUUUGAUGCCGAAGCUACGAGACAUGUACUGCGAGAAGCUUUGCGAUGCUUGGUGGAUCAAAGUUGCAAGUGAGACCAACGACCGGAUCGUGCAGUCCCAAAGUCCAACCUACAAUGGCAAAGGGAGACACAUGGCGCUGGGCCCAACGACUUGGUCAGGAUGGAAUCCAUCCCCUUCGGAAAGGGGUAUCCGGACGCUUUUCGAAGUCUCACGUCCGGUAUGA